AUGUCCGCUUCCGCGAACUCCGCGGCCAUUGAACCGCAAUUCGCCGAGGGCGUCGACGCGGAAGAGCUCCGGCCGCGCCUGACCGCGCUGCUGCAGCCGGAGCAAGGGUGGACGCUGGAUGCGGAGGGCCAGGGAUUGCAGAAGACGUACUUCUUCAAGACCUAUUUCAAGGCGGUGAGCUUUGUGAAUGUGGUUGCUUCGCAAAGUGCCACGAUGAAGCAUCAUCCUACUAUGACUGUUCGGAUUGGAUCGGUGGAUAUCCACUGGACGACGCACCACCCGCGAGGUCUAACGGGCAAGGAUGUGGAUAUGGCGCAGCAUUGUGACGAGGCGGCGGAACUGAUGGGGGCGGUGGAGGCCGGGCAGGGGAGGAAGUGCCAUUGAUGGUUCAGUUUGUAUCGAUCUGGGGGGUGGUGUUGUUAUGAACUCUGUAUAAGUCCUGUACGUUGUGCGCGUAUAACAAGUUCGGAUCAGGAGGUGGGAGAUGAAACUCCCAGCCAGCCAGCAGCAUCAAAUUGAAGGGAGUGAAAGUGAAAGUCCAAAC